CCCCUUGUCAUUUGUGUUUACAGUUUACUCUAACUAAAAAUAUCCAGUAAAUCUAUGUAUUGUUUGUAUUCCAAAUAAUUUAUAAAAUUCCUCUCUCUCUCUCUCUCUCUCUCUCUCUCUCUCUCUCUUAGCUUGCUGCGACUAGUUAUCAACAAUUCCACUCUACGCUGCACAUUAAAACUUGCAAGUCUCUCUCUCUCUCUCUCACUGUGUGUGUGUGUUUUUCUUUUUUCUUUUUUAUAUAUCUACUCUAGUGGCUUUCUCUUUCUACCUCUUUCUCACCGAGUAUUUGGAAUUCCACAGACCAUAGGAAUUGAUGUUGAUAUAUGCGGCAUAGAAAUUCAAUUCAAUUCAAUUCAAUCUGAGUCUAGUUUCAAUUGGGUGUGAUUCGAUUCGAGUUUUCUUGAUGGUCUCAACUCUUUCCACCAAAUCCCACAACAGAAUCAAUGCGAAAAAGUAAAAAAAGAUCUCAUAUUGUUUUCUUCCCUCUCUCCUCUCUCUUGUAUAGUUAGUUUCUUACUUGAUGGAAUUUCUGGGCUCUGUUUUACUUCAGAAAUUACUAGAGAGAUCGACCAAGAUACAUAUCUUCUAAAUUAUUGGGAUACUGGAUUGGAUUGGUUGUUACUGGCAGAUAAAUAAAAUCUUAGGAAAUGGGAUGUUUUGUAUCGACUCUAAAAGACACUGGAGGGAAUCGGAGGAGGCCAGCAAACAUUGGGGAUGUCACUGUAUUUGUUCCAGGUUUACGAAUCCCUAAGCCAGCCAAUUUCUCAGAGUCGCUGGGCGAUCACCUAUCUAAAAGCUUGGUGGAACGCCUUUCUGCUCUUAGAACGAGAAUAGUUGUUAUGGCCGGGCAAGAAGCUCCAACGAUUACAAGAACCAGAAGGAAAACUGCUACCCAACAUGGAGGUUCAACGCUGGGUGAUCUCCUUCAGGCUCUAGAAGAUUAUCUGCCAGUGCUUCUGGGAUUGGUUAAAGAUGGGAGUCCUCUGCAACAUAAAGUACAGUUCGUUUGGAUCAAUCAAGAAGAUGAAGCAGAGGAAACGGAAAUGUAUAGUGCUUGGUAUGAAGUACUAUCUGUUUUGCACUUGAUGGCAACACUAUCGUUAUCCCAAGCUAAUCUAUUGCUCCUUCCAAGAACGUCCGUUGAUGGUUAUCAGCCCAAGCUAUCAGAAGAGAGUCGUCGAUCUUCUGUUGAUGUUUUCUUGAAAGCAGCCGGGUACCUUGACUGUGCUGUUCGGCAUGUUCUCCCACAAUUGCCUGACGAACUGAGGAGAAAUCUUCCAGUGGACCUUGCUGAAGGAGUCCUACGGGCACUUUGCCUCCAAGCACUUGGGCAGGGCGUUGAUAUUCAGCUGGGACUUGCUAUUGACAGCACUAAAGCAACAUUGGCUGUUAAAAGAAGGCUUGCCUGUGAGAUGGUAAAAUAUUGGCAGCAGGCCCAAGAUAACAUAAUGAACCUUCCGUUAGGGAAUGGCUGGGGAGAAAAGCAUAGGCUAUUUGUGAAGUGGAAAUACGUAGAAGCGAAGUCUGCAGCAUACUAUUAUCACGGCCUAAUUCUGGACGAGGGGAACACGGAGAAGUCUCACGGAAUGGCUGUAGCUGCUCUGCAAGCAGCAGAUGAGUACCUCAAAGAGAGCAACAAGGCAUCUGAAGCUUUUCAUGCAUCAGUCCCCCUAUCUAGGAAUCCUCCUCUCUGGGGAACCAUGAAGUAUCUGUCUGAAAAGAUUCCAAAGGAUACUAAUAGCAAAGCGCGAACGAACGAGGACCUUUACUCCCACGACAAAAUAAUGGAGGCAGCACCAACGUUGCCGGAUUUCGCCUUGGCCCUCAAACCGGACGAAUACCAGCUUCCUCCUGUGGAUCUCUCGUGGAAUCAAGAACCUCAGAAGAGUAGAUGAAUUAUGAAUUAUCUGUUUGCUGUAUCUCAAUGCUCCCAAUUUCGUUCCUUCUUCUUUGAAAAUAUCGGGUGAAUGUUUGGUUGCAGAUAAAAUUCACAUUUUGGUGUAAAUCUCAGUGUGUGCAAGUAAACAAAAGGGAAUGCUCGGUAGCAUAAUAAUUUCCACAACCUUUUCCUCAA